AUGACUUUGAGGCGUUCUACGAUCUUGGCGAUCGAGCCUCGCCUGAAAGACAUUAUCAAAAACUUAGACAGUAGGAACAAUAUUAAGUCUAAGAAGAAUAUAGGACGGCAGAUUGUAGCUCCAAUGAAGCAAGUGAAAAGUCCUAAUCAACAAAAAAUUCCUCAUCAAGGAAAAAUUAACUUCAGUAUUUCACAAGUUUAUCAACACAUCGAUGAGCCUUUACCAUCGCUAUCAUUUGACGAGAUGUUUGACGAAAUUGCUCAAUCACUUCUCGAGCAACCUGAUAAUAUUGCUCUUGAAUCUGGUUUUAGAAGGCUUUUCAAAACAAAAAUAGCAAUUGUUUGGAAAUAUGAAACCGAAAAGAACAUAUUUUACGCUCCAUCUUACAGAAAAAGUGUAAUUGCAGGGACAGGAAUUAUGGGCGAAGUUUUUCGAGUUGGCUCAUAUAUCACAGCUCCUGUCCAAUGUGAACAUGAAAAAUUUAAUAGUGCAAAUGAUGGAGCACUUGUCAGUCCACAAAAUAACAUAUUGGUUUUUCCUAUUGACGGCGACAAUGGUACGAUUGCAUAUGUAGCACAAAUAUCACUUGGAUUGAAUUCCCAGAGUCCAUUUACUGACUAUGAAUUCAAAACAGCAACAAAAUUAAUCGAAAAAUUCAAAAUUUACGGUUCAACUUUAUUUAACAGAUUUAACACGCAAAAUAUAUCAGAUUCACUUAAAAUAUCACAACGAUCUGCAGAAGUUGUCUGUGAAACUUUUGCAAAAUAUUUUCAAUGCGGAUAUGUGUUUUUCAUUGUUUACAGACCGAAAACCCAGCAAUACUUACGCAUUACAAAAGAUUCCGAUGCCGAAAACAAGGAUUUCCUUCAAGAAGGGAAACUUGGAUUUUCAUCCGAUUCUUUUGUGUACCUUACGGCAAUAAAUGUACCAGAUGUAACACAAGCAGCGAACUACUUACCAGAAAUAGAUGGUGUCGACCAAGUUGCAGCCCUUUCGAUGCCAUUUGUCGAUGAAAAUGAAUGUACUUGGGUCUGCAUUUUGAAAUCUCCAAAGGGAAAGCCCACAUUUUCAGCACUCGAUGAAAAUAAGCUCCAAGUAACGAUACCGUUCGCAUGUAGAGCUCUUUCAUUCCUUUUCUUGCCGAAAUCAUUGGAUGAAGAAAUAGAUCAAUUUGAGACAAGACUGAAAAGUUUACUCGAAGUUGCCGAAAUUCUGUCAGGAGUUCUCGAUAUCGAUACCCUUCUCCCGACAAUUAUGAACCACGCGACAAAAUUAUUGUCAUGUGAGCGUUGUUCUCUUUUCCUGGUCGAUGCCGCACAUAACGAGCUCGUCACCAGGUUCCACGGUGGCCUUUCCAACGCAAUUCGUGUGAAAAUUGGCCGUGGUAUCGUAGGAAGCUGCGCUCAAUCAGGAGAUAUCGUAAAUAUUAAGGACGCUUAUGCAGAUUCAAGGUUCGAUAGGAGUGUAGAUCUUGCCACAGGCUUUACUACGCGUUCACUUCUCUGUAUUCCCAUUGAAAAUAACAGAGGUGAAAUUACGGGUGUUACAGAAAUGAUUAACAAGCUUAAUGAUGGCUUAUUCGACGACGAUGAUAUCAAAAUGUUACUUGCUUUCAACGUUUUCUGUGGAAUUUCUAUUGAUAAUGCAAGAUUGUACAAAGCAAGUCUUGAUUUAACAAGACAGCUUCGAUCGUUCAUCGAAAUGACUGCUUCUCUCAAUACUACUGCAAACUCUCUCAACAAAAUCCUUGAAGAAAUUCUUCAAAACAUCAAGGAAAUUGUAAAUGCUUCGAGAGUGACACUUUUUUUGAUCGACGAAGUAGACAAUUCACUGAAAGAAGAAAUGAAUAUUGGCGAACAACAGAAAUACGGAACAAUGUUCGCUAAUGAAACUAUUCAGAACCGUAAAUUUAUGUUAUUUGAUCAUAAAGAAGUUUUAGGUCAUACACAGACACAACAACUAAACGCAGCUAUUGAAAAGAUCCUUGCUGCAGGUUUAGAUGCUGAUCUGCUUGUAUUUGGUGAAGAUGAAGGAGAAUAUGCUGAAGAAGAAGAAUUUUACGCUGAAGAUGAAAUGGCAAACAAUAUAAGUAUAGACCAAAACUUGCAAAUGAACCUUCAUGGAAUGACUCCUCAUGAACAGUAUCAAUUUGCACAAAAUAAUCCGGAUAUAAAUGAUGGCGGUUUUCAUCCAUUUGGUGGAAUAGGAGUACCAAAAUCCGAAUCAGGCCACUUUAACUUCAGUCCAAACGCGCUUCUCAAGGCGGAUGAUGAAGAAGAGGAACAAAAUCAAAAAGAUGAUCAGCAGAAUCAACAAGAAAAUGUACCAGUCAACCAAUUCGGCGUUCCUUACAUCCAAAGUACACAUUCUAACCUCGGUUUGAUUGAUCAAAACGCACUUGGAAACCAAAUGAUGUUAGUUACAAGCGAUGAUGAAGAAUCAAGUCAAGAACAAGAGCAACCACCAAGAAAAGAUUCACCACGCCAUGUUGCCUUCCCAGAUAACCCUCCAGAAGGCGAAGUUCCAUUUGCUCAUGGUUCUCCAUUCGCCGAAAAAAGUGACAAUGGGAAUUCCCCGGACGAUAAAAAAUCUCCUCCACCAGGAAGUCCUGCUCCAAAGGCAAAUCCACAGUUCAAUGGACCAGAACCAUUCAGUGAUGGACAAAGUCCAUUCAGCAAUGCUCUCGACAAUGGCGCAAACUCUUUCAAUGAUGACAAGAGCUCAUUUAGCGAUGAAAAGAAUGAGAACAAAGAGUCCCAAGGCGGCGUUGUUGAAGAUGACGAAGAAGAAGACAAAGAAGGCUCCAACGAAGUUAUUUGUUGUUUACCACUUAUGUCCAGUGAAGCAGCAACUCUUGGUGUCAUCGAAAUCUCCUGCAAUUGGAAGAUUCUUUCCGAAGAUGUCAAAUUACUCGAGUGUUUCUCAGUUUUCGCAUCAGUUUCCAUCGAAAUAUUCCGCAUGAAAGAAGUUGCAACUCUCGGAGAAGCAGCCAGUGAAAUGAAGUCUUGGAUUGCGGACAACGAGCUCCAAUUAACAUCCAAGAUCCCCAACAAACUUACCAUCAACAUGUCUAAGUUAUCCAGCGUUUUGAUGGUCAAGUUCAACGCUCCUGAUUGGGAUGGAAUUGGUUUAAUCAAAGUUGUCUAUGCAAUUUUCGACAUUUUUGACAUCAACCAAACUUUCGGAGUAACUAACGAAAGACUAUUUAGAUUCCUUUCCGAGAUACGCGAUAACUACAAGAAAGUUCCUUACCACAAUUGGAGACACGCCGUUGAUGUCAUGCAGUUUGUUGCUUAUCAGAUUUUGGUUUCUGGAUGCAACACAAUUUUGUCGAAAUUUGAGAUUUUCGCGAUUUUAGUCGCGUGUUUGUGCCAUGAUGUUGGACAUGAUGGCUUCACGAAUGCCUUCAAUGAGAAAGCAGAGACUCCUUUAGGUUUGUUGUUCAAGAACCAGUCUGUCAUGGAAACACAUCAUUGCUCAGUUUCGAUUGGAAUUUUGUCGAAAGAAGAAUGCAACAUUUUCUCGAAAUUGCAGCCGAAUGAAUACAAAAACAUGUGGAUACUUAUCAUCAGAUUGAUAUUGGCUACAGAUAUGGCGAAACACUUCGACAUUCUUAAGGAUAUCAAUCAGAGAGUUGACAACGGAGAAUUCGAUCUCCAAAAGAAUGAAAAUGAUAGAUAUUCGUUCUUGGAAAUUCUCAUCAAAUGUGGUGAUGUAUCAAAUGUUUCUAGACCAUUCGAGUUGGCCAAUAAAUGGUGUGAUGUUCUCUGUGAAGAAUUCUUUAGACAGGGUGAUUUGGAGCAGGCUUCUGGCAUGGAAUACACAUCUCCUUUGAAUGAUAGAGCACAUUUGGAUAAACCAAAGUCACAGAUUGGUUUUUACACGGCUGUUUGCUUGCCUUUGUUCCAGACGGCUGCAAAGAUCAUGCCGAAAUUGCAGUGUAAUGUUGACCAAGUACAGAGUAACUUAGCACAAUGGAAAGCUGAAAUAGAAGCAAAACAAUAA